GCUGAGUUCUGGCUUGAACUUCUUAACUAGUCACAUUCCACUGUGGGAAGGCCACAGGUAAGAGGCUGAGAAAGGAAGAAGUAAAGAGAAAAGACAUGAACAAGAGAGAGCGCGAGUGAACAAAAGAGGGGAGAAAGGCACACCAAUGAAGAAAUUAUGAGCAUUCAACACUACUGGCUGCUUCUGCUGCUGGUCAGCUGCCGGGAAGGGAUUACAGGUGCUGUCAGUGGCAUCAGCCCCUAUUUAAGGCAUUAUGAGGGACUGUCGUACGACAGGGAGGAUCUGCACAGGAAGCACCUGAGGGCCAGGAGAGCCACGCAGCCUCAGGAGUUCACACUGCAGCUGGACUUCACAGCUUUCCGCAGAGCCUUCCAGUUGCGUCUGAAGCGAAGUGCAGCAGGAUUCUCUGAACAUUUCGAGGUGGUCAGUGAAAAUGGUCGCACAGCAGCUGACCUCUCCCAUUUAUAUUCAGGAACACUAGAGGGUGCACACGGUUCAGCCUGCCAUGGCUCAGUUAUACAGGGCCAAUUUGAGGGCUCCAUCCAUACAGACAAUGGGACAUUUUACAUAGAGCCAGUCCAUAGGUACACCACCAGUGAGACUGAUCAUCACUCCAUAAUCUACCACGAGGACGACAUGGUCUUGCCGUCCAUGGGAACUGAAGCUGAUGGAUACUGUGGUGCAGGUCAUCUGCAUUACCUCUCCCAAAGCCUCAAACCCAAUGAGGAGGCGCUGGCGAGCCGGUCCAGGAGGACACCCGAUGAAUCAAAAACCAGCUGCCUGCUGCACCUCCAUGCUGACCACCUCUACUUCAAGAAGUUCAAGACUGUCGAGGCUGUCGUGGCUCAGGUUGCCUCUUACAUGCGAGCCGUGAAUGACGUCUAUGACAAGGUGGACUUUGACGGAAUCAAACUGAUCAACUUCAAAGUCAAAACCCUCAGUGUGAUCAAAAAAGAGGAUAACACAGAUCCUCUGCAGCGGCCCUUCAUCGGCCCAGAGAAGCUGCUGAGUCUGUUCUCAGAGAGCAACUGGGGGAACUACUGCCUGUCCUACCUGCUCACUAACAGAGACUACAGCGGAGUGCUGGGGCUCGCAUGGGAGGGCAAGGCAGGUAACUGGGGAGGAAUUUGUUCGAAGUACACUACCCUACGUGACGGCCGUAACUCCAGCCUGAAUACGGGUCUGAUCACAAUUCAGAACUACGGAUACUUUCUGCCGCCUCGUCAUGUCCAACUCACUCUGGCCCACGAACUGGGGCACAGCCUGGGAUCUCCGCACGAUGAGGGCUCUAACUGCGGGAACCUUGGUUCCGCUGGAGGUAAAGGCAGGUACCUGAUGUUCCCUCACGCCACGGACGAGGUGCGUGAGAACAACGAUAAGUUCUCCCCCUGCAGCAUUAAACACAUCAGCAAGAUCCUCAGGCUGAAGAAGGAUGAGUGCUUUGUGGUCAGUGACCAGCCCAUCUGUGGGAACCAGAUCGUGGAGGAAAACGAGGAGUGUGAUAUUGGUCACAACGACACAGACCUGUGCUGCUACAGCGCUAAAGAGCCUGUGGGAGUCCAGUGUCACCUCAAGCCUGGGAAAGUCUGCAGUCCCAGUCAGGGGCUGUGCUGUGGCCAGAACUGUAUGUUUAAGCCGGCGGGGGAGACCUGCGAUGAGGAGACCGACUGCCAGAAGACGAGUUUGUGUUCAGGCCUCUCGCCGUUCUGCCCAGACCCGAGCCCCAAAGACAACCUCACCGUCUGCAGUCAGGGCACCCGGGUCUGCCUCAACGGGGCUUGUGCGGAGUCUGUGUGUGUGAAGCAUGGCUUGCAGCAGUGCGACUGUCCAGGAGUCUCCAUGAAGGAGAAAUGCCACAUGUGCUGCCAGCAGCCCGAUAAGCCUGAGACAUGUGCCAGUACCACGUCCUCUGUGCUGUCCCUUCAGUUCCAGAAGAAGCGGGUGCCGCUGGUGCCCGGGGCGCCGUGCUCAGGGAACCAGGGCUACUGCGACAAAUUCCAGGUGUGUCGCCUGCUCGACGCAGACGGCCCCAUCGCCAGACUGAAAAACUCAUUCCUUAAACUGGAUGACUUCGAAGACCUGGCAGAGUGGAUGAAGGCUCACUGGUGGGCCAUCCUGCUGGCUAUCCUGACAGUGUCUGCUGUGAUGGGCUGCACCGUCUGCCUCUGUGGCCGCACCCUGGACAUGAGUGACCUGGAGUAGCCACCUCUGACCCCUGCCACCUCCAUACCACGGCAGAACCAAAAGAACAAAAAAAUCCUGCUGCCAUAAAUCUACUCAGAUAUGAGAUUUUGUGCCAGGUACCAAAGCCAGGACCGAAGAGAGUUCUGCUUAUUAUGGGUUUAUGAUCUGCAACACAAUGAUCAAAGAUUUUGGCACUUGCAAAGGCGAAUUGUCAACACACUGAAAACUGUUCAAGCCAUCUGACACACCUCUGUCUCCCUCUCUGAUAUCGUGGCUUCAUACGUCAUUAUGCAUCCGGCGUUUCUAUUUUCUUUAAUUGGAAUGUAACUUGUCUGUUCACAUGUCAACAAGUGGUAAGAGCGUCCCUCGUUGCAUGUGUUGUGGAAAAUGUUCUUGUCACCGCCAAGUGUGGCUCAGGCCACUUCAGAGGGGCCACAUCGGAUUUCAAGCCACCUGUCCCUGUACGCACUGCAACACUGACGGAGCUCUCCCUUGCUGCUGCCAUUUGAACCUGAGGGCUAAUUUCAGCCUUGAUGGACUCUUUUUCCAUCACAGUGGGAUUGUGUUUCCUCAGGGGCGUUCGUCACAACUCAUCUACACAGGACAGUGAGAGGACAAACUGGGGUUAGUGGUCACCUGGGUUGGCCAUAAACCCCAAUACUGCCAUUUAUGGGUUUACAAGGGAAAUAGACAACGUGACAGUAAACAUGUUUGUCGUGUGAAAAUGACCAUUUAUGAUUAACAUUGUUGAAAUUCAUAACAGAUGGUCAAUCCUAUGGGUUAAUGAAGGCCUGAAUAUGUAUUGCAUUGUUGUUAAAGGACCAUACCAGUGAUUGUGCAUGUUUAGUGAAAUACCUACAAGAAAAAUACACAUCUGAUGUUGACCAUAGGUGCAGGUCUGAGGCAGUGAUGCAAAACCAUGAGAGAAAAACUUCAUUUUAAUUGCAAUAAAUCCACUUUGGGGGGAACAAACAGUGUGUGCCGACUUUUUGUUCAUCCCAUAGUGUAAUAUCUACAAAAUGCACAAAUUUCACAUUUCCGCUAAUCUUUUUCCAAAGCAAUCAACAUUUUGAAAUUUGAGUUAUCUUUUAGUAUCCCAGCAUUAUUGGCAAAAUUGUUUGUUGCCUGUAGCAAAAUCACUGGAAUGGUCCUUUCAGUGUCUGGAUUCACUCUGCAGUGUUGUUUUACUGAGCUCUUUGGCAUUGCUUGGGUCACCUUGACACAGUCAGCCAAAUGCUUUGGCGUCACAACAGCAAGGACAUUAUUGAAACACACAACUUAGUUUGGAUAAUUUAAGAAUUAUUAGCACUUUUAUAUCAAAAAUAGAUCCUAAACUGGUAAACUAAUCAUAAUAUAAUAUAUA